AUCCUCCAUCCAUUCCGCUCCGUUCCCGUUCUCCCCGUGAUCUCUUGCCACUCGACGGAAUCGCGUCGCCGCCGCCGCCCGAUCGAUGGACGCCGAGGCCGGCGACCCCGGCGCCGACCAGCUGCCGUGGAGGCAACACUACAGGAAUUUACUGCUUUUAGCAUACCAGAGUUUUGGUGUUGUUUAUGGGGACCUAAGCACAUCACCUCUUUAUGUGUAUAAAAGUACAUUCUCAGGAGGGCUACACCGGUAUCAAGAUGAGCAGACAGUAUUUGGUGUACUUUCCUUGAUAUUUUGGACCUUCACACUCAUUCCUUUGCUGAAGUAUGUCGUCAUUGUACUAAGUGCCGAUGAUAAUGGUGAAGGUGGGCCAUUUGCUCUUUAUUCACUGCUUUGCAGGCAUGCAAAACUUAGUUUGCUUCCAAACCAACAAGCAGCAGAUGAGGAGCUAUCAACAUACUACAGAAGUGGGUUUGCACCACGCAAUGGAUCUUUACCUUGGCUAAGAAGUUUUAUGGAGAAGCACAAGAAGACCAGAACCAUGCUUCUCCUCAUAGUUCUGUGUGGUGCUAGCAUGGUGAUUGGCGAUGGUAUCCUUACCCCAGCAAUCUCAGUUCUGUCAUCUAUGUCUGGAUUGCAAGUUGAAGCUACUGGUUUACAGGAUAGUUCUGUUGUGCUCCUUUCAUGCAUAUUAUUAGUUGGACUAUUUGCAUUGCAACACCGAGGCACUCAGAAGGUAGCAUUCGUGUUUGCACCGAUUGUCAUCAUCUGGCUCUUUUGCAUUGGUGGAAUCGGUUUAUACAACAUAAUACAUUGGAACCCAAGGAUAUACCAAGCUCUCUCUCCAUAUUAUAUUGUUAAGUUCUUUAGAACAACUGGUAAAGAUGGCUGGAUUGCUCUAGGAGGGAUACUUCUUUCUAUGACAGGCAGUGAAGCUAUGUUUGCCGACCUCGGCCACUUCACAAGUUCAUCUGUUAGGCUAGCUUUUGUUACCAUCAUAUAUCCUUGUCUUAUAUUACAAUAUAUGGGUCAAGCGGCAUUUCUAUCAAGAAAUAUCGUUCACAUGCCCACAGGUUUCUAUGACUCUAUCCCAGGACCUAUAUUUUGGCCUGUGUUUGUGGUGGCCACUCUCGCUGCUAUUGUUGGUAGCCAAGCUGUCAUUUCAGCAACAUUCUCUAUUGUGAAGCAAUGCCACUCUAUGGGAUGUUUCCCACGAGUUAAGGUUGUCCACACAUCAAGGUGGAUCCAUGGGCAGAUAUACAUUCCUGAAAUAAAUUGGAUCCUUAUGGUGCUCUGUGUAGCUGUCACUGUUGCAUUCCGUGAUAUUACUCUAAUUGGUAACGCUUAUGGUAUUGCUUGCAUGACUGUUAUGCUUGUUACUACAUUCUUGAUGGCAUUGAUCGUGAUCUUUGUUUGGCAAAAGAACAUAAUAUUUGCCCUAUCUUUCUUUUUAUUAUUCGGAUCCGUUGAAGUUGUUUACCUCUCCUCAUCCCUCAUGAAGGUUCCUCAGGGAGGAUGGGUGCCUCUUGUGCUUGCUUUUGUAUUCAUGUCUGUGAUGUACAUCUGGCAUUAUGGGACAAGGAGGAAGUACCAGUUUGAUCUUCAGAAUAAAGUAUCAAUGAGAUAUGUCCUGUCAUUGGGUCCAAGCCUUGGCAUAGUUCGUGUUCCAGGAAUCGGACUGAUUUACACAGAGCUGGUGACUGGUGUACCCUCCAUCUUCACACAUUUUGUCACUAAUCUCCCUGCCUUUCAUGAAGUCCUAGUUUUUCUUUGUGUCAAGUCAGUGCCACUACCAUAUGUGCCAGAAGAUGAACGAUACCUUGUGGGCAGGAUUGGACCUAGAGAAUAUCGGAUGUACCGCUGCAUUGUUAGGUAUGGUUACAAAGAUGUCCAGAGAGAUGAUGAAAAUUUUGAGAACAUGUUAGUUAUGAGCAUUGCGAAGUUCAUUAUGAUGGAAGCUGAGGAUGCAUCUUCAUCGGCAAGUUAUGAUAUCGCCAAUGAAGGGCGAAUGGCUGUCAUAACAGCAAAUGAUGACUAUGGCGCUCCACUGGCUGUGAGAGAUCUCGAUGGCCUAGCUGACUCCGUGACCACGAGGAGCAGCAAAUCAGAGAGUCUUCGAAGUUUACAGUCCUCUUAUGAGCAGGAAUCACCUAGUGUAAGCCGGAGACAAGUUCGCUUUGAGCUGCCAGAGGAGGAUGACAUGGAUUCACAGGUUAAAGAUGAGCUAUCAGCACUUGUGGAAGCAAAACAUGCAGGCGUAGCCUAUAUCAUGGGGCAUUCUUAUAUCAAAGCUAGGAAGCACUCUAGUUUUCUGAAGACAUUUGCAAUUGAUGUUGGCUAUUCUUUCCUACGGAAGAACUGCAGAGGUCCAUCAGUCACACUUCAUAUUCCACAUAUUAGUUUGAUAGAGGUUGGUAUGAUCUACCAAGUAUAGCACAAUGCUCAUCGCAGGUCAUGAGGUUACCCGGUGGCAUCAAAUCAUGUGCUACCUGUGGCCUUUUUCUAUGGGUGAGGCUUGAUUCCUAUGCUUUAUCCAUGCGCUUUCAGUUUCAGUUUGGUAGAGAUGAAGAGACUCUCUCCAUGUUAAUAUGAUCUUGUUAAUAAAGCAUCAGAUCUAAUGGUGGUAGUUUGUUUUUCUUCCUUUUUGGUAUAUUUACAUGCAUGCUCUGUAAUUUUAUGGGAGCUAUGUAAUAGAAAUAUGCGAAUAUAUCAUAAUUUUGUUAGGAAGGUACUAUAUGUAUUCUUUCAUGUAUGAAUUUCUUACGGAAGAAAACAUAUGGCGCCUCUUGAAAUUUCUAUGCGAAUAAACCAGAUACUAGGCUGUGAUGAGAGGGCUGUGCUGAUUUCUCUCUAACUCAACUUUUUAGUUUGGAAUAUUUCUCGCGCGCGCUGGCUAGAAAGCUGUAUGAUUUUUAUCGUUUGGAACCUGACUUUCUUUUUCUAUAUGAAACG